AUGAUCAGUCCAAAGCUUAGAAUCAGUUUUAUCGCCGCUCAUGCUUCGUUGGCGGGCCUACUCUAUGGCCUUGAUACAGGGUCAAUCGGACCAAUCACUGAGAUGUAUCAAUUCCGAGCCUCUGUAGGGACGUUGUCACCGACAAUUCAGGGCUUCUACGUCGCUUCUAUUCUUCUAUCCGCCUCUCUAUCAUCCUUAGCCAGCGGUCAUAUUUCGGAUCGUAUAUCUCGCAAGUUCGGUAUCCUAUCCGGCGCGAUACUGACUCUCGUGGGUUGUACUAUCUCAGCCGCUUCGCCCGACCUUGCCAGUCUCAUUUGUGCCCGCCUCAUCACCGGCUUAGGCGCAGGGCAGUCAAUAUCCGUCGUCACCGUCUAUCUCUGUGAGAUCGCUCCUCAAGACAUCCGAGGGGCCCUCGCAUGCGUCAUUCAGUUGAUGAUCACAAUUGGAAUCGCCGCUGGUUACUUUGUCGCUUACGGGUCGAGGAAUAUUGCUGGCAGUCUGGCCUGGAGAACGCCUUUUGUCGUCGAAGCCUGCAUUGCCUGUAUACUCUCUGUCGGCAUGGUCCUUGUCCCUUUCUCACCGAGGUGGCUUAUUCAAAUUGGCAGAGAGGACGAUGCUAGGACUGUCCUCACUAAGUUGAGGGAUGCAGACUGCAUCGAUGAUGAAAUGAAGGAUAUCAAGAUGAGCCUGAAUUUCGUGGACCAAGGCCGUCAAGCCGGGUUCAAUGAGAUGUUCUCUAGGCAAUUCCGAAGGAGGACAUUUCUAGGCAUAUUCCUCAUGGCUUUCCAACAACUCACUGGGAUCGACGCAGUGCUAUAUUUCGCACCUAUCUUAUUUACGCAGGCGGGCUUCAGCUCCGAGCGAGCGUCUUUUCUGGCGUCAGGGAUCUCGGGUAUCAUAAACGUCGUUUUCACAAUCCCUGCUCAGAUUUGGGUGGACAAGUGGGGCAGACGGCAGCCUCUCAUUAUAGGCGGCUUGUCCAUGGUUGUUUGUUUCUUCGUCAUUGGGUCCCUCUAUGCCGUCCAUGGAACUAGGAUGGACGGACAGGUAUACCUCGAGGGUCGAGGAACUCAAUACGCUGUGGUGGCCCUCAUCUACGUGUUCAUCGCAAGCUACUCUUGGUCGUGGGCCGUAGUGGGCAAGAUAUAUGCAUGUGAAAUAAUCCCUACAUGCCUGCGAGCAAAAGUUUGCGCUCUGAGGGUCGGAAAUGCAGCGUCAGCGGGGAUCUAG